CUCGUCUCCCCAGUUUUGUCGCUGAGAGGCCUUGCCAAGGCUCUACGGGUUCAUCGGAGAAACAAAAAAGGAAAAAGAUCGACGAAGGGACGACGACAUUGAGCAUUGCCUUUUGGUGUUGGUGUUCGACAGCAACGCCCGCCGCGUGCGACAGCGACGCAGGUGAACAGAGCCAAGCCAAGAAGUCUUGUUUCGCAUUACAAUGAUGUCAGAUCUUUUGCGCGUUGGCCGUGUGUUCUUCAGUUCCGCUGGGCUGGGUGCGAUGUCUGAUCUGCUGCCUGAGGAGCUUUGGCGUGAGCAGAUUCUGCCCUUCCUUGUCGUCUGUGACGUCGUUGCCCUGCGAGCGACCAGCAGGGCCAAGGCGGCUCUGAUCACGGCUGGCCUGCUGCUGCAGCGGAUUGACGCCUGCCUCGAGAGGAAUGAACUGAAUGGCACUGUUGAUGUCGACCGAGUGUGGAGUGCUGGGGAUGCGAAUCAGCUUGGCGGGCUUGUUGGCCUGAUUCUUUCCUACGUCAGGCGGCUUCCGGCAUGCCCAAGACGACUGACGGGCCGACGGGCAAAUGGGAUGACGCACGUCGGCUAUCUACUGCGAUGCCUUUAUGUGCUGGAGCAGGGCGGCAGUAAGUGGCGUGUGAUGGGCAUGAUUGUCCGGCUGGCCGCUAUCUAUCAGCUGACCCCCAAUGGGCUGCCCUUGACCAUGUCGGUUGCUCAUUUGCCGACCCGGUGGGCCUUCCAUCAGAUGCCAGUCAUGAUGUCCGUCUACACGACCAUCCAGCACCAGCUCAGCUACCGAGGGAGCAGCCUGGCCCUGCAGCCGGCAGCAAUCAACAUUGACGGGUCAACAUUCCUAUCGUUGCUGAGAUGGUGCCUCAUGGCCGGCACUGUCGGGCCCUUUGGUGUGAUGCCUCACGGCGAGAUGCCGGCCAGCCACCGCUAUUUAGUGGAAUACAAGAGCGAAGACCCCGUCAUCCGCUGCGGACCGCGGCUCUUCCCCUCCUUCUCGGCAUUUCUGGUGCGGAGCCUCUGCUGCCGGUGGUCGGAUCAGGAGGCAGCGGGUGACAGGGAGGUGCUUACUGCACACAUAGGCGACAGACAUCCCUGCUAUUGGAAGCUUCUCAGGGCCGACGACGUGCCUCAGCAGCUGGGCAUGACUGUGGACCAUCGAUAUGACAAUGGCGACAUUCAUCGGGCACAUCCAGCCGAGUAUCGUGGUGUAGUUGUGAGCGGCUUUCGGCCUGGCGACGCUGUUGCUGCUCGUCUGUCGGUGGGGUUUGGGCGGAUUCAGCUGCAUUCGACCGAGCCGCCCGUUGCUGGCCCGGCUGCAUCGCUGGACGAGGUGCUCGAUGUGCGUUUCCCGGUGUCGAUGCCCAUGUGGCGCAGUGUGUUGAAGCGGUUCGACCUCGAGGAGGACGUCAUCAACAGAGGGAGAGUGCUGGUGUGAAACUGCUGUGAGGGGGCUAGUAGUCUAGUAGGCUAGUAGGUGGUAUAGACCAUGACCAUUACACGGACGACAUGACGGAGGCGUAUGGGUAGAAAAAGGCCGGUACGGGAUUUGUCUGGUGCCAUGUCGGUGCUGUGCUGUGCUGUGCUGUGCUGUUCUGUGUCUGUGUGUGUAGCCAAUCCGUCAAGCGAAUGGGAUAGCGAUAGCUCAUUCGUACGGCUAUGUGUAGACGUGUGUUUGUGAGUGACUCGUUGAUGGGACACCUGGGUGUAGCUGGUGAAGCGUAUGAAGCGUGAGACAAAACCUCACUUUGCAGCGCAC